ACACGGAGCGAUUAUGAUGUAGCACAAGGAAUAGACAUGUUUAUAUUAGUACGUUGCCAUAUUGUUAGACUUUAAGUGCUGCAUUUUAAAGUGUGGAAUUGCUUAAAAAUAUAGAUCAUGCGAUUGCUGGUUCUACUCGAAACACUGAUAUUAUUUGAUCCGUUUGCUUGCUGAUGAAAGUAUAAUUAUAUAGUGUUAAAGCCACCACGAUGGCGGAACGAGGAGCACAUCUGACCACAGCAGUAGCAGGUGAAGGAAGGCCCUCGAUCUUUGAAGUUUUAGCUCAGGACUCUUUGAUGAGUGCUGUUAAACCUGCACUUCAGCACGCUGUUAAAAUCCUGGCUGAAUCCAACCCUGCUCGUUAUGGCAUCCUCUGGAGGAAAUUUGAUGAGAUCUACGCCAUCCUUGACCUCCUGCUGCAGCACCACUUCCUGCUACGCACAAGCGCCUCCUUUUCUGAGAACUUCUACGGGUUAAAGCGUGCCGGCCCGGACGACAGCAGACUGGCGCAUCAUGGCCUAGGCCGCAGGAGACACGUGCGCUCUCUGCUUCUCCUCGUGCUCCUCCCGUACCUCCGAACCAAACUGGAGAAAGUGCUUGCUCGUCAGAGAGACGAGGACGACUUCUCGAUACGGAUGCCCCAGAGUCUUGCUCAGAAGAUGUACAGAGCCUUCCUGGCUGCCUAUCCUUAUGUUUGUAUGGCAUGGGACGGCUGGAGUUUUUGUCAUCAGUUGCUGUACAUUUUUGGCAAGACACGUACCCAUUCGCCCCUGCUAUGGCUGGCGGGAGUCAAGUUGUCCCAUCUGACUGCUCAGGACAUUCGCAACUUAGAUCUCCAGCCAGCGGGGCGAGUACUGAGCUCCAGCCAAAGCUUUGGAGGACGGCUGCAGAGCGUUUUUUCCACAGUGCUUGGCAGCGUAGCCGUAUCCCUCUCCACCAGUCUGUCUUUAGGUGUGUUUUUCCUGCAGUUCUUGGAGUGGUGGUACUCUUCAGAGAACCAGACCACUAUGAAGUCCCUCACCUCUCUCCCUACACCUCCACCUCCUCUUCACCUGGAGGACCAGGAUGCUGCGCUGGCGCUCAUUAAAGUGUGUCCGCUUUGCAGGAAAGUGCGCAGUAACGACACAGCCCUGGCCUCAUCUGGCUACGUUUUCUGUUACCGCUGCAUUUACACGUACGUCAGGGCUAACCACAGGUGUCCACUAACAGGCUACCCAUCUGAACUACAGCACUUAAUUAAGAUCUAUUCUCCAGAUGCGUAGACCAAACUGAUCAUGUGACCAUGCAUGCUGGGAAAUUGACUCUUUGUAAGCAAGUCAGAUAAUUUGACUCGUCUUUCAUAAUUCUUUUUGUUUUGAUUAACAAACCAGACAAAGUUUGUGAUA